AUGACCUCCCCAAUCCCCCUGGCCAAAUCAAUCCUCCAACUGACUCUCACCUCCGCCCUAUCUGGCUACGGCCUCUUCCUCUCCUACCAAAACAUAACGCGCCUCCAACAAUACGAGCAACAAAGCGAAAAGGCCGCAGAAUGGAGUAACACCGCUGCAGAGCGUCUGCACAAGACUCGCACGACACAAACGAGUGGGACGAUCAGUUUAAUUGUAUCCUUCCUAACCCCCAUCAUCGCUCUCUCGACAUCAAACUCAACAUACUUGGUCUCGGCGGCGGCGGCGAAUACAGCAGUCCUCAUGUUUUCGCGUCAGCACAUGGCGAAUUUCUGGAACGAGAAGGAACAAACGCGCAUCCCGUUUGUUCAGAAGUUCAAUGACGCGGUGAGGGGAAGCGAGCAGGUCGUUCAGAUACUCGGGCUUUUGGGUGCGAGCUGGGCGGUUACGGCUGUGGGGUGGGGAGUCAUGGGGCAAGGGUGGUUGUGA